AUGUACGGUUCUGGCCACGCUGUUGUGCAUCCCAGAUUGUCGGUGCUCUCUACGAGCUCAUUGCCAUCUGAGCAUUCGACACUGUCAGCUGCUUCUUCAUCUACGCGGUUCUCGCUCCCUCCACCUUCUUCGUCUGGUACUCCUUUACCGAUACCGUCAUCCGCAAGUACCAUGAGCCUCUCCAAAACUCCCACUACAGGCCUUCAUCUCACCAGACCGAACAUCUAUGACCGAAAUCUCAACAAGACAAAGACGAGCGAAGUGUCGCUGGCGGCUUUUGCGUUUCUCUUCUCUGAAAUGAUCCAGGAAAGGACCUAA